AACAUUUGUCCGACACACCCUGAAUGCAGCAGGACAUUUUUAUUGGAAAUAGAAAGAGAAAGUGACAUCGUAGAAACACGUCGAUGAUAAACGGAGAGAUGAACAUUUUGUCUGCGGGAAUUUCUGAAGCUGGCAGUGUAUGAGUGGACUGAUACGAUCGUCAAAAAGGAAUCAAUAUGGAUUUCAUAAGAUAUGGUCAACAAAAGGUCUCCAGCAUGUUGUACCCUCCUGCCAUUAAGUACCAUGGCUUGGUAAACCAAGGGUCAACAUGUUACCUGAACAGUGUGCUGCAGGUGCUUUUUAUGACCAAAGACUUCAGAGAAGCUGUGGAAAGGCACAUCAGUGAUAAUCCUGACUCUGAGCAUAUUGAUCUUCAACUUGAAUCCCUGUUUGGUGACUUAAAAAGUUAUCCAGCGUACACCUAUAAGAUCACAAAGAAGCUGGGCAUCAACAAGGUUUAUGAACAGCAGGAUGCUGCUGAGUACUUUGAGAAGAUUUUAGCUAAGACCAGUGAUGAUGCAUCGAAGAUUUUUCACGGACAGCUGACACACAAGACCACAUGUUCAUCAUGUGGUACCGAGAUUGAUGCUGCUGGGCCAUUUUGGAAUCUUACUCUUGCAUUGGAGGAUUCCUACAGUCAGAACUUUAGCGUGGUGAAUGGCAUUGAGAAGUAUUUCAGAGAAUCGUCUCUCAACGGAGAAAACCAGAUGUACUGCGAGAAAUGUGAUGACAAGUCUGAUGCCACUACUAAAUGUGUAAUAAAUCAUCAUCCGGAGGUUUUGAUGCUGCUGCUGAAGAGGUUUGAGUUUGACUACUAUUCUAUGAGAUAUGUCAAAAUCAACUGCACUGUGGACGUUCCCUGCACCCUACAGAUACCAGAGAAUCAGCCCUAUGAACUGUAUGCGGUGGUGGAACAUUCUGGAGAUCUCAGUAGUGGACAUUACAUUGCCACAAUCAAAUCUGAGGAUGAUGGGAGAUGUUACAGCUUCAAUGAUAGCUGCGUCACAGAGCUUCACUCCCAGCCAUUCCAGUUGGAUACAUUUCAGAAUUCCACCAGCGCUUAUCUUCUGUUUUACAGAAAAGAGAAAGUGUCUGCUGCAGGUACUCAGGUCUUCAGAGAGAGAUCUACUCCUGGAGGCUCUCCACUCUCUACCUGUGAGACCCAGGACCAGAGUGAGAAGAGAAAGAGAAAGAGAGAGGAGGAGGACGAGGGGACAGCAGAAAAGGGCAGAGACCCUGCAGUCACUGCUUUCAUCAACAGAGAUGAAGGAACAGGGUUUAAAGAAACAGACAGAGUGAAGUCUAUACAAUCAGGGCUAUCACCUGACAUCUCUAAUGUAGAGUCUAAGGAGGAAGGAAAUGACUUACAUGUAGAGUCUAAGGAGGAAGGAAAUGACUUGCAUGUAGAGUCUAAGGAGGAAGGAAAUGACUUACAUGUAGAGUCUAAGGAGGAAGGAAAUGACUUGCAUGUAGAGUCUAAGGAGGAAGGAAAUAACUUAAAUGUAGAGUCUAAGGAGGAAGGAAAGGACUUACAUGUAGAGUCUAAGGAGGAAGGAAAUGACUUGCAUGUAGAGUCUAAGGAGGAAGGAAAUGACUUGCAUGUAGAGUCUAAGGAGGAAGGAAAUGACUUACAUGUAGAGUCUAAGGAGGAAGGAAAUGACUUGCAUGUAGAGUCUAAGGAGGAAGGAAAUGACUUGCAUGUAGAGUCUAAGGAGGAAGGAAAUGACUUACAUGUAGAGUCUAAGGAGGAAGGAAAUGACUUGCAUGUAGAGCCUAAGGAGGAAGGAAAUGACUUGCAUGUAGAGUCUAAGGAGGAAGGAAAUAACUUACAUGUAGGAAAAUCUUCAGAGAGAUCUGAAGAAAGUGUUGACGAUCAGCACAAGGACAGUGUGGGAGUAGGCGAUGUUAGCCAUUAUUAUUACCCAGGAGUCAGUGACAGGCAUCUUAAAAUACUAGAUGAAAGCAGAGAUGCACAAAGGAGGGAAAGGGAUGUAAAGACAGGCAAGAGUGGAGGAGAUGAACAGUCAGAACAGAGCGGCACAUCCUUGAGAAUAAACCUUUCCAUGGACACAGAGCACCAUGGACAUGAAGGAUUAGGAAAUGUUAAACAUGACAAUCUGGAGGGGCAACAGCAAAUGCAGCAAGCUCAUGGCCCUGGUGUGGAGCAACAGGGAGAUGGGUUGAGGACAGAGAAAGAUGUUGAGGUAGAUAAGAAAGGAAAACCUGAUCCAUCCCCUCUGAUAGAGGAUAGAAGAGUUGAUGGUCGAAAACAGAACAUGUCAGAAGACCUUCAGGGGUUUGAAGCUAGAAGCAGAAGGGAGGAUAGGAGGGAUGUAGAGGGAGCCAAGGAACAAAAGAGAGGAGAUGACAAACAUGCACAAAGGACAGAAACAUCUAUGACAAAACCUUACCUUUGUAAGGGAGGAGAGGAUCAGGACAGGAGAGGGUUGGAUGGUGUUAGACAGCAGGAAACAAGUGUUCCACAAGAUCCUAAAGAUGUUGAUGAGGAAAGGCCAGCCAAAGAGCAGGAACGCAAACCUUUCCCAAACAGAGGGGGCUCUUCUCGUAAACAAUUAAUUGUGAAAACAGAUGAGGAAGAAACUAAAGAAACCUCCUUUGGUUCAGAAAGAAGUAUUGAGAGGAAGAUCAUUGGAAUAAAGACCAGUGAGAAACCCGCACAACAGGAGCGCUUGUCAGAUAAUCUUUCCGAUAUGAAGCUGAGUGAGCCACAGGAACAAGACUGUGGCUCAUUUUGGAGAUACAUAGGUAAUUUAUUCAAAGGCAAUGUGACAACCAGUGCAAUCGAUUCAAAUGCAGAAAAAAAGCCAAAAGUCUCUGACACACAAGAGCAGGCUGCUGAAAAUCAACUUGCAACGGGAGAAAUAGGUGAGGAAGUGAUUAUUAGUAGAGGUGAUUAUGCCCAACAGGAGAAAAACAGAAAUGGAAAAAAAAAGAAAACAACUUCGUGUUGGAAACUGUGGAAACAGGCAGACCAGACUUCAGAGUCGGAGCAGCAGAAAACAGCUGCGAGACCUUCAGCUGGAGAGACAGCUCAAUACACCAUGGUAGACGGUGAGCACUUUGUGGAUAAACAUAGAACCGAGCUGAUCAACAGAGUAUGCUGCGUUGCAGACAUUUUGGAUAAGCUCCUUGAGGAAAAAGUCAUGAUACAAUCGAGUUAUGAUAAAAUCAUGGCAAUCCGGACCAAUCAGCAGAAGAUGAGGAAACUCUUCAAUGGUCCCCUGAAUGCAGCAGGGCCUUGUGGCAAAGAAGUCUUCUACAGAAUCCUUGAGGAAAAGGAGAAAUUUCUCAUUGAUGAGCUAAAGGGAAAGAAGUGAAUGUUGUAGAGAAAUCAUUUUUUAGACUAAACGUACAUUGUGCCUCAAGAAAACAAAUGACUGAAACGAUUACAAUGGGGAAAUAGUCAUGUAAAUGUCUCUGUAGGGGUUCUAUAAAAUAUAGCUUUUGCACCUUCAUGUUUAAUCAUAGCUCUUGCCCUUACACUUGGACCAGUCAUAUUUUUUUAAAUGUAUACGUUUUCCUGUAAGGUUAAAACCACAUUCAGCAAACCAUGUAAGUCCUUCAUGUAAUGUAAUUGUUAAGGAAUAAUUCUUCUAGAUAUCUAACCUUUUGCUCUGUGACGUUUUAUGAUCUACU